CGCGCAUGCGUAAUACUACUAGUAUCUUUGCAGCUCAGUCAUGAAUACUCAUGAUGCGUAUACCUCUGAACCAAUCAGGUAGGAUUUUACGCUCAUAGGUAAAACUGUUUGGGAAAAAAAAAUCGCCGCCCGGCCUGGCCUUUUCAUACGCUACUAUUGGAAAGCCAUAAAACCACCAGUAUCCUCAGCUUGGAGUCAAAGCUGUUGAUACGGGCAAACCAGAACGUCAUACACUGAGCAGCACAAAGGGUGGCCGUUUGCAAGACUCUAAAGACUCUCUACAAAUACAGUAAACCAUUGAAUCGUUAAUCAUGUUGGCAGUUUGUCUCCUCACUUUCAUCGCGAUGUCGAUUGCCGCAGUCCCGGCCACGACCCCGACCACGACCCCACAGCCUCCUAAUGGAAUUCCCAAAUGUGCAAUCUACGAGUGCCCCGUCUAUACUACAUUAGAAGAAAUUGGUUCAGAUAUGUGGAAGAGACGGAUAGAACAAAGUGCAUGGGUGCAUAAGGUCGCUCCAACCUGCGACCGAACUGAAGCAAUAGGUUUAGUCGUAGGUGACCUCGAUGCCUACCUUGAAGACAACAACAUAAAUGAGUCAACACCAAUCAUUUUGGAAGUCGCGGAAAACAUACCCGGGCCAAAUUCCUCGUGUACCGGCCAAUCAGGAUCUUUCCCUUGCUGUGACCAAAUCUACGAACUUUUCCGCUUCAUCCCUGAAGCUUCGGAAGAAACCGCUCCAAUCCCAUCACAGGACUCUGGGAUUUUGCUAAUGCACACAUAUGCUUUUGAGAUCUACGGCAUCACCUUUCUUGGGCCCAAUCACAAUGAGGAGGAGCAAUACGAAAAGCUUCGUAAAUACCUCGACGAGCAGGGCAUUCUAUACUAUGGAAGCUAUUAUGAUGUUGCAGUUUAUGACAAACCAACGGACCCUCAGCCUCAUCGUAAUGAAGUCAUGAUUACUUUUAUUUAGAAACCCAGAAGGAAUGAUAAUAAUGAAGGCACCGAUAACCCAAACGACAGCCAAGAAAACCAAUCAUAUCGCAGUGGGCGUGGUGGUCGUCAAAGACCACACUGAUCUCAUUCCGUUUUGAGCUGGUCGGCAAACGACUCCAACCAAGAUUUUAAUGAUUUUAUGUCAUUUCAUUUCAUUUCUUUAGUCACAUAUGAAAAGAUUAGCUAAAGAAUACAAAACAAGAACAAUGGAGAAGCACUCGUUUUUUUUUUCUUCACAUUUCCAAGGUGUAUAAUCAUAGUAGUUUGCUAUCUUAAUUUAUUAUGAGAUAAAAUACAGUGCUUUGCCUUUUAACUAGUUUUGAAAUACAUCAUAUUAUUAACCAUUUCCAAGGCGUAUAAUCAUAAAGUUGUUUGCUAUCUUAAUUUAUUAUGAGAUAAAAUACAGUGCUUUGCUUUUUAACUAGUGUUGAAAUGCAUCAUAUUAUUAACCAUUUCGAAGUCGUAUAAUCAUAAAGUAGUUUGCUAUCUUAAUUUAUUAUGAGAUAAAAUAUAGUGCUUUGCUUUUUAAGUAGUUUUGAAAUACAUCAUAAUAUAAACCAUUUCCAAGGCAUAUAAUCAUAAAGCAGUUUACUAUAUUAAUUUAUUAUGAUAUAAAAUACAGUGCUUUUCUUUUUAACUAGUGUUGACAAAAAUCAUAUUAUUAACCUUAUUAAACAUCAGAGCAAGGCAAUUUUCAAGUUUUCAUUGAUAAGCCAACAAAACUACGGGCGAAAGAAAUAUUAUUGAAUAAUAAUACACAGUUAACCAAUGAACAAAUAUUAUUGCCCGAUCAGAAAAGUCAACGGCAAAAUGCGUGUUAAACUAGCGGGCAAUAAUGCAUAGCCAACUUCAAAGUAUUUGUAAUUUUCAUUGCACAUUUAUUAAUUGCUUAAUUCAGGGCAAUACGGCUUCUCAUAUCCAUACAGUUGUAUAUCACCCUCACCUUCGGUUCUGGCGAUUAUGUCGUAUUGCCCUGAAGGCAGUCAAUAUUAUUUAAUUAUUAUCCCAGUAUUAUGGUAUUAUGACGUAUCAUAAUCAGCAUGAUCAAGGAACCAUAUUUUCCGGCAUUAUCCAUUUCAGCCAUUUCGUGGUGUCCCAUUACCAUAUACAUGUAGUUUGGUUAUACCCUGUAAAUAUAUUCUUUUCAGAAAUGGUAAUAAAUUCAUUCAUUCGUU